AUGGCCGCCCUAACCGUCUCCUUUGCCGGUAAAAUCGGCGCCACCGCGCCCCGCGUCGCGAACGCUCGCGCCGCCGGCCGCGUCGGCGCGGCGCCCGCCGUUCGCGGAACCCCUCUCCGGGUCAAGUCCGCGUCCGCCAGGGUCGCCUCCCGCGACUCCCUUCGCGUCGCCGCGACCGCCACCGAGGCGCCCCUCGGCGUCUUCAAGCUGGAGUACGACAUCUCCAAGGACGACGCCACCAAAUCCGCGUCCUGGAAGCAGCCCGUGAUCGUCGCGGUGUCCGGCGCGGCGGGACAGAUCAGCAACCACCUGCUCUUCAAGAUCGCCUCCGGCGAGGUGUACGGCCCCGACCAGCCGGUGGCGCUCAGGCUCCUGGGAUCCGAGCGAUCGCGCGAGGCGCUCGAGGGCGUCGCCAUGGAGCUCGAGGACUCCCUCUUCCCGCUCCUGCGCGAGGUGUCCAUCGGCAUCGAUCCCAUGGACGUCUUCGUGGAUGCGGACUGGGCGCUGCUCAUCGGCGCCAAGCCCCGAGGGCCGGGGAUGGAGCGCGCGGACCUCCUCGAGAUGAACGGCGCCAUCUUCGUCGAGCAGGGCAAGGCGCUGAACGCGGUGGCCAAACCCACGUGCAAGGUGUGCGUGGUGGGCAACCCGUGCAACACCAACGCGCUCAUCGCGAUGGAGAACGCGCCCAACCUCGACCGCCGCAACUUUCACGCGCUGACCCGCCUCGACGAGAACCGCGCCAAGUGCCAGCUGGCGCUCAAGGCGGGCGUUUUCUACGAGACCGUGACCAACGUCACCAUCUGGGGUAACCACUCCACCACGCAGGUGCCCGACUUUGUCAACGCGCAGAUCGGAGGCGAGAAGGCCAUGGACGUCAUCGACGACAACGGGUGGCUGGAGAACGACUUCACCCCCGCGAUUCAGACCCGCGGCGGCCUCCUCAUCAAGAAGUGGGGGCGCUCGUCCGCCGCGUCCACCGCGGUUUCCAUCGCGGACGCGAUUAAGAGUCUGGUGACCCCCACGCCGGAGGGUGACUGGUUCAGCACGGCUGUGUGCACCGACGGUAACCCGUACGGCAUCCAGGAGGGCAUCAUCUUCUCCAUGCCGUGCAGGUCCAACGGCGACGGGUCCUACGAGAUUGUCGACGGCCUGGAGAUCAACGACUGGCUCCGCGAGCGCAUCAAGAAGAGCGAGGAGGAGCUCACGAAGGAGGCGGAAUGCGUGUCCCACCUCACCGGUAAGUUGGGAGGCGCGUGCGAGCUCAUUGGGGAGAAGGCUGACACCAUGCUCCCCGGCGAGGCGUAGACGAAAAUCGAGUACAACACCACAGCGAGGGUCGACCAAGAGACGGAAGUCGACCAACAAAUCUAAUAUUCUUUCCGCAAAACCUGUUUACAUCACACCGAGGCCACCACCGAGGGCGAGAGGGAAACGUCGGAGACGGCGAGAGGGUCAAAUAUUUGUAGAACGCGCGUGAGUCACAAGCCCGCGCAGCAUCUGUCUUGUAGCAUAGACGCCCUGACGCCGCCACCCCUCGGAACCCGAGGCUGGCUUUUAUAAUUCGUACAUUAUUAACGAACGA